GGGGGAGCCGCGGCCAUCGAUCCUACACCGUGAGGACGGGAGGUGUCAUGUGAUCAGAGUUAGGUGGCAGCAGGAGUUGAAAUGCAUUCCAGUCACACCACUGAAAAUGGACCUGACCCCAAGGUAGUAAUACAGUUGAUCAGGAAGCAGUUGGUGAGUUCCAUCAAGGGAUUGCAGAAACAGUAUGUAACCUCCGAUGCUGUUGUAACCAGUGACGCUGAAGAUGCUAAUGCCCUGUGCUGUGCACUAGAGGCUGUGUUUGUCCAUGGACUGAAGGCGAAGUACAUAAAAACAGAGGCUGGAGGAAAAGGGAAAAAACCAGGUGGCCGUGCACCUCUUCCCCAGCCCGUCUUCUGGGGCUUGCUGAAAACCAUCACGCACAGAAACAUCAUUUUAGAGCUGGAACAGUUAAGUUUUAUCAGCACUGACGUGGGGCUCUGCCGUGCCUGGUUAAGGCUUGCCUUGAACGAUGGCCUCAUGGAGUGUUAUUUGAAGUUACUGCUACAAGAGAAGUCCAGGCUGCCUGAGUAUUAUCAGACAUCAGCCCUGCUGCUAGAUGCAGAGGAAUGUGAAUUUCUGCUUAGCUUCUUGCAGGGGUUAACUUCCCUGACCUUCGAACUGUCCUAUAAAUCAGCAGUUUUAAAUGAAUGGACUGUAACUCCCUUGUCCCUGUCUGGUCUGUGUCCUGUUUCGGAGCUGCAGGAGCAUCUAACAUCCUCUAGUUCUGAAUCCCAGAGAAAGGAGUCCCUGGGUUUGGUCUCACGUUCUUCGGGAUCUGAUGAUAUUGAAGUUCAGCACAGCAUAUUGCCCCUCAGUAAAAAUGAGAACCAAAGUAAACUUACGUGCUCCACGUUAAGCCUUAACACUACGAGUUCAUCCCAGCUGUCCUCCAGCCUGGGCUCUGAUGGCAUCCUGCAGGCCAACUGCACUACAAGUCCUGAUAGAUGUGAGGAACCCCUCUUAUGUGACUCUGAUUUAGGGGCAGCAAAUGCAGAGGAUUUAGACAGAUCUCUGCAAGAGGUAUUGUCUGAAUUCAGCAAAGUACAACAAGUCUCUGAACGUACAGAAGAACCGCUCCUUCCUAAUCUAUUGGUGCCUGCCCCAUUGCAGCCCGCACUUCCUCCUGCUGUCUCCAGAGCCUCUCACCUGCAUUUAAAUGUAACAGCGGAGAGCACUCUUUGUUCUGCACCGCUUCCUGACACAGAUAACCCACAGUCCAUCUGUGUGGACGAUCUAGCUAAAGCCACCAAGAUAUCAGAUCCUCCUUCACAUGUUACAGGAAUCCAGUUAUUGUCUCAGCCAAUCAUAACACACAGUGGUGCAGCAGACAAAGAUUCAUCCGAACAGCUUUAUAUUGUUAACCCAGAAGAUAAAGAUGGAACCAGUGAGAUAAAUGGUCAUAAGGAAAGCCAAGAGGAUCUCAGCCCAGUGACAGAAUUCUUUCUUUCACCAGCAACAGCUUGUCCAAAAAGAAGGAGCUGGAUAUCAGAAGAUGAUUUCUACAGGCCUUCUCCAGAAGGGAGCAGUAAAGGCCUAACUGAUUCUUAUGGGUCCUCUCUUGAGGGGGCCAGAGAAGGCCAGUCCACAGAACUGAUCAGUGCACUUGAUUUGGAGGGACCCUGCUUAUCCUCUUCAAAGACUGGGAAGCCCAAGCCAUCCCCUGACCAGGAACAAAAGGGCUUCCAUGUUGUUCAUCGCAGGCAGAUCGGUCUUUCCAAUCCGUUCCGAGGCCUCCUGAAGCUGGGCAGUCUGGAGAAGAGGGGAACAAUGGGCCUCUGGAAAGAGUUCUUCUGUGAGUUAUCCCCACUGGAGUUCCGCCUCUUCCUGGACCACGAAGAGCGAAUUUACAGUGAGAAUUACUCUCUGCUGCGAUGCGAGUCGCUGGGGCUGGUUCACAGUGAUGGCCGGUUUGAGCUGGUGUUUUCUGGUAAGAAACUGUGCUUACGAGCUCCUUCCCGAGAUGAAGCUGAGGACUGGCUAGACAGGAUACAUGAGGCUCUACACAAGUGUCGGCCUCAGCAGGAGGAGGAAUGGGAGACACUUGACUGUCCAGAAGACGACCUUGAAGGACACACAGCUGGAGUGUUGCUCAGUGAUUCAGCUGCUUUGCUCCAUUACAACAACACAGCUGGAAAUGCCUAUGAUUGGACGUCUUCUCUUGCACCAGAAUUAGAUGCCAUUAAAGAAUCGGUUCUUUAUAUGGAUGUAGAUAAAGCUUGGGCUCCUUUUAUUUUUUCCUUGUCGUUAGAAGCUUUAAAAUGCUUUAAAGUAAAAAACCAUGAAAAAAUAUUAAGCAAUAGCUAUGGAAUAGAGACAAUCCAAGACAUUCUUCCCGACACAAGUCUUGGUGGGCCUGCAUUUUUCAAGGUGAUAACCUCUAAAGCCAUCUUGAAGCUGCAAGCUGAGAGUGCUGAUGCCGCCGCAGCAUGGAGUGGGCUUGUUCGUAGAGUAUUAACCUCAUAUCUUGAAACUGCAGAGGAAGCGCUGACACUUGGUGGCAAUUUGGAUGGGAAUUCUCAGGCAAUCUUGAAAAACACUGUAAAGGAAAAUGGCUUUUUCUUACAAUAUCUGGUGGCCAUCCCCAUGGAGAAAGGACUGGACUCCCAGAGUUUCAUAUGUGCAGGUUGUUCCAGACAGAUCGGACUCAGUUUUGUGAAACCCAAGCUUUGUGCAUUCUCUGGCCUCUAUUACUGUGACAGCUGCCAUCAGGACGACGAGUCUGUGAUUCCAUCGCGCCUUAUCCACAACUGGGACUUGACUAAAAGAGUGGUUUGUCGACAAGCUUUAAAAUUUCUGAAUCAAAUCCGCAAUCAACCUUUAAUUAAUCUGAAAUUGGUGAACGAAAGCCUGUAUGCUCACGUGGAGAGGAUGAGUCUUAUCUGUAGAAGCAGAGAACGGCUGAAACUACUUGGCGAUUACCUUACAAUGUGUCGCAGUGGGGCCCUGAAAGAGCUUAGCAAACGACUUGAUCAUCGGGACUAUCUAUUGGAAUCACCCCAUAAAUACAGUGUAACUGAUCUGAGACAGAUGCAGAGAUUGCAAAACUGUCUUCCACAAGUGCUGUCAAGACAGCAUGAAAUCUUGCCCCCGCUGCGAACGCCGGCAGAAAUACCAGCAACAAUUGCAAGCAGACAUCCUCGUGGAACCAAAUAUGUAGUGAGCAGCUUCUCACAGAUGGACUCUACACAGGGCUUUGCUCAUCUGGACACUGCAGAGGAAGGGAAAAGGGAGCGUACACCAAGUGCCAUUCAGUCCUAGAAGAUACAUUCCUAUCACUGGUUGGAGCAGCUCCUGUGUGCAGAUGUUCACCAGGGUAGGAGUAGCCUAAACCAUACACUGCUGUGAGGAUGCCUAGGACAGGUGCAGCUCCUCAUGUACAAGCAGAGGCUACUGCUCCUGUGAAUGCUGAAAAGAGAGCCAGUGAAGUAAAAGCCUGCUGGAAAAGAUCAGACUCACAAAGUAAUGGUGCUUCUAUUCACACUAAUCUGGUGCUGCUUAUUUUUUGCUGAAUGUCCUUCCCUGCAAAAGAAGUGUGUUCCAUUUACUGAGCUCCACGGGUUCGCAUCUUAGAGGAGAUACUACUUGGGAUGGAAAUCUGAUAGAUUUCCUGUGUGUAAACCACAAGGUUUGCAGCGGCGUGCCUGUAAUAGAAGUAUGUUAAAGGUCUAGUUUUUUAGGAUAUUCGCAAUACUGAAAGCCAGAAUUUUUCAUACAUGACUUUGCACAGGAACUGCAUCUCACCUGCUUGGGAAAUAAGCAUAGCAGCUACCUGCAGCCAAACUGCAGGGGAACU